GCAGCCCGAGCGCGGCGCGGGGCGGGGCGGGCGGCAGUGCGCCGCCAUCUUGCCGUACGGCGCGGCCGCGGCCCACGUCCCGAGCCGUGUCGCCGCGCUCCCUCGGGGCGGGCCGGACCGGCGGGCGGGCGGCGAGUGCCGGAGCCUGGCGGCGCGCUGGGCCGAAGCCCGCGAUGGUGAUCUGCUGCGCGGCCGUGAACUGCUCCAACCGGCAGGGCAAGGGCGAGAAGCGCGCCGUCUCCUUCCACAGAUUCCCUCUAAAGGACUCAAAACGCCUGAUCCAGUGGUUAAAAGCUGUUCAGAGGGAUAACUGGACCCCCACUAAGUAUUCAUUCCUCUGUAGUGAACAUUUCACCAAAGACAGCUUCUCCAAAAGACUGGAGGACCAGCACCGCCUGCUCAAGCCCACUGCUGUACCUUCCAUCUUCCACCUGACAGAGAAGAAGAGGGGAGCUGGAGGUCAUGGCCGUGCCAGGAGAAAGGACACCAGCAAGGCCACAGGAGGCAUAAGGGGACACACAAGCACCACAGCUGGGAAAGAAGCCACAGGUCCCUCGGUGUCCUUGAGUGAAAACCUGAUGGCCAAGCCCGAGUCCCACAGAUUGAAGCGAGCUGCUCUGCAGGGUGACACCGCACCUGGGGCCACCCCAGAUGCUGUUAGUCAGGAGCAGGAGCAGCAGUCUCUAGAAAGAACACUAAUAGAGGGACUGACCACUCCAGCAGCGGGCAGCCAAGGAGUCCCAGAAGUGUCUGCCACAGAGGAUAGCCACCAGAACAUCACCUCCUCUGCUGAUGCUGGUGGGGCAGACAAGAGUGGCAUUUCCAUGGAGGACUUCACCCCCCCAGGAUCUGGGGCUUGCAAGUUUAUAGGCUCACUUCAUUCUUAUAGUUUCUCCUCCAAGCACACUCGAGAGAGGCCAUCUGUGCCCCGAGAGCCCAUUGACCGGAAGAGGCCCAAGAGAGAUGUGGAGCCAAGUUGCAGUGGGAACAGCCUAGGGCCCGACAAGGGUGUGACUCAGAGUCCCCCGAGUUCCUCACUCACAGUGACGCCUCAGAAGCCUUCCCAGAGCCCCUCUGCCCCUCCAACCGAUGUCACCCCGAAGCCAGCUGCAGAAGCUGUGCAGAGCGAGCACAGCGAUGCAAGCCCCAUGUCCAUCAACGAGGUCAUCCUGUCGGCAUCAGGGGCCUGCAAGCUCAUCGACUCACUGCACUCCUACUGUUUCUCGGCCCGGCAGAACAAGAGUCAGGUAUGCUGCCUGCGGGAGCAGGUAGAGAAAAAGAACGGCGAGCUGAAGAGUCUGCGGCAGAGGGUCAGUCGCUCAGACAACCAGGUGCGCAAGCUGCGGGAGAAGUUGGACGAGCUGAGGAGAGUGAGCCUCCCCUACCUGAGUGGCCUGCUGCCCCCCAGCCGUGAGCCUCCCCAGAUGAACCCAGUGGUGGAACCACUGUCUUGGACUGGUACCUGGCUGUCAGACCCACCAGGAGCUGGGACCUUCCCGACACUGCAGCCCUUUCAGUACCUGGAGGAGGUGCACAUCUCCCAUGUGGGCCAGCCCAUGCUCAACUUCUCGUUCAACUCCUUCCACCCGGAUACACACAAACCGAUGCACAGAGAAUGUGGCUUCAUCCGCCUCAAGCCUGACACCAACAAGGUGGCUUUUGUCAGUGCACAGAACACAGGCAUCGUGGAGGUGGAGGAGGGUGAAGUGAACGGGCAGGAGCUGUGCAUCGUGUCCCAUUCCAUUGCCAGGAUCUCCUUUGCCAAGGAGCCCCACGUGGAGCAGAUUACCCGAAAAUUCAGACUGAAUUCUGAAGGCAAACUUGAACAGACCGUCUCCAUGGCAACCACUACACAGCCAAUGACUCAGCAUCUUCAUGUCACCUACAAGAAGGUGACCCUGUAAACCGCAGCGAGUUCCCAGCUCUGAGAGGGCCUGGCUCCUGUGUCUCGUCCCAACGGUUCAGGUCCUGCCACAGGUGUGGUGUGGCCGCAGGCUCGGCUGGGCCAGGAGUGUUGUCCAGAUGUUGCUGUAAUGGCGUAGAAAACCAAAUAAAGGCCUUUAUUUUUAUGGCUGAGGGCUUGAGUGUUGUCACUUGUGUAGA